AUGACGAACCGUCCCCCCUUCAAAGAGGUACGGCAUACGUUCUGCGCGAUCCGCGAUCCUCGAUCCUCGAUCCGCAAUCCCCCCCCCCCUUUUUGCUCACGUCCUCGGGAUCGCCCCCACUUUCUUCCCACAGGUCGAAGCCAGCCGAGCCGCGUUCCCCGCCUCCACGGCAUGGAACGUCACCCAAACCGUCGAUCCGAACUAUACUCCCGGAUCAGGGGCUUCCAAGAACGUCGAGCUCGACGGGGUCAAGUCCGGCCUGUGGAGCGGCAAGGACGACGUCAAGUUCAGGACGAUCGAUCCGAGCGACGGCAAGAUCAACAAGGCCAGCUUGUACAAGUUGAUGAUCUCGGUGAGUCCGCUGCAGAGAAGGUGCCGCCGUGACUCUGGAAGCUGAUCUCGACAUUCUGGGCAUCGUUCGCUUUCCUGGCACUCAGGGGGUGGUGAGUUUCCGGCCGGGAGAGGAUCGGGCCGGGAACUGAGGGCGCGCGUUGCGGCGUCUGCAGGUACUGACCGCGAACACCUGUGUGCUUCUCUACAGACUCCAAGACCUGUGGGAUUCAUUUCUUCCAUCAGCUCUGAGGGACAAACCAACCUCGCCCCAUUCUCUUGUACGUCCACCCCUUCGCCGCUCCUGAUAAUUCUGCCCGCAGUCCGAACCGUUCCGUGUACAAUGCUUACUAACUGGACCUCGGACCAUCUUGUUCUAUUCACUAGACUUCAACAUCGCCUGCCACGAUCCUCCCAUGUUGAUGGUCUCGAUCAACCACCCUGAACCGGACAAGCCCAAGCACACGUGCGAUUUUAUCCUCCAAACCAAGAACUUCACGACCAACAUCAUCAGCGAGCCCUUCGUCGACGCGGCCAACUACACCUCGAUCGAUGCACCCAAGGGGGUCAGCGAGUGGGCCUUGUCCGGUUUAACGCCGAAGAAGAGUGAUACGAUCGACGCGCCGAGGGUCGGGGAGAGUGGGUUUUCGAUGGAAUGUGAACUUGGUUAGUCGCACAAUCCGACAUGGUCAAUUCUUCUGCCCCGUGUGUUGGCUCACAUAUUUGUGGCGAUAUCCUCGCUUCAUGUUUGACAGAACAUCACUACCCUAUCCACAACGACAACAAGGACCGCACGAGUACGAUCAUCAUUGGUCGCAUCAAGCGAUUCCACGUCCGAGAUGACUUGAUCGACGACAGCUUGCUCGUGGACACGGAGAGGCUGCUUCCCGUUUCGAGGUUGGGAGGCAUCACGUACGGCCGGACGAGGGAGGUGUACGAGACCCCUGUGAGUACUCUACUACUUCCCUCGACCAAGACUGACGGACAGGCUUGCUGACUUGGCCGCCACUGGGUGAUUUUUGCUGCCUUAGCGACCUGUGUGGGAGAAGGAGAAGGAACGAGACGAGGUCAAGAAGAUUCUUGGAAGUGAUGGCAAGGCCAAAGUGUAG